AUGAGUCAAUCACAGGCAGACUUUCUGCCCCAUGACAACGCAGUAGCAGAGAUCUAUCAAGUCAACAUCUCCUUCAUCGCUGUCACGUCUGUGGUGAUUGGAUUGCGUCUUGCAGUCCGCGUCUUUGCCGUCAAGCAUGUCGCAGUAGAUGACUAUCUCAUGGUGGGGGCGGGGCUCUUUUCCACCGCCUUUUCUGUCAUGGUCAUUGUCGGAAUACGCUAUGGCCUAGGUCGACAUAUCUAUGACCUACCACAGGACCUGCAGUUGGUAGACAGGACCAAAAAGGUGAUUCAGACGUUAUGGACAUGCCAGAUCAUGUAUGCCACCGCUCUCAUGCUGGUGAAGAUAUCCAUUGUCACAUCAUACCUGCGUGUCUUCCCCACCGUCACGUUUCGAAGGAUCAUGUACGCUCUCAGCGCCGCCAUCGUGGCCGUCUGGAUUUGCAGUAUACUGGUCACCAUUUUCCAAUGCAAUCCAGUCCGUGGAGCUUGGGACUUUAACUUGACACGUACCUGUCUACCGAUCGUCAAGUUCUUCUACUUCACCACUGCCUUUUCCAUCUUCACAGACUUUCUUCUCUGUACCUUACCGUUGCCCGUGUUCUGGAGACUCAAGCUCCCACCCAGGCAAAAGUAUAUUGUGUCAAUCCUGUUCGGCGUUGGUCUAUUCGCUACUGUGGCAUCAGCUCUUCGGAUCUCCGUCCUUCCAGCGGUGAACGAUCUCGAUGUCACCAUGGGAUCAGUAUCCACCAUCAAAUGGUCGGUGGUGGAGAUUGGAACAGGCAUCGUCUGCGCUUGCAUUCCAUGCCUGAAACCGCUCUUUAAGAGGUUCUUAGUCGAGAAAAGCCCCAGUGAGAGGUCAGCUGGCGGUCGAUCAGAUACCACUGCCCCUUACACGCCAAAGACUGCUUUCAGUGAGGAGAGUCAUGAGCUUGUCCAACCCCAAACCAAUCAAACAAACCAUACAGAGGAGGGAUGGUCAGCUUGGAGUCGACAUGACGCACGAACAAAGGCAAAUUCGGUCGCAAUGACCAGGAACUUCAUCUGACAGACUCGACUGAGGCUUUUUCUGAGCAGAUUCUGCUACUAGACUUUUAUUUGCGCAAGCGACCAAACGAACGACAGUCUAGACCUGUACAGCUGAUCGCCUGGAAAUCUGGUGCUCAAUGUUCGUCCUCCUGGUGCUGGAGGCGGAGAUCUCGGACGAAUUGCAU